UUUAGGGUAAAAUAUAUGGAAACAUAUAUGUUGUUGCCCAUGGAGGAUAAUGGUACAUCCAAUCAACGUUAGAGUGGACAUUUACUUCCUGAAACUGAAUUGGGAGAUGACGAUAUUUUGAUUUUAUGAUAGAGUCAAGUCAUGAGUGCAGAAGACCCAAACCCCGCCGCCACACCCACUCCCUGUGAAGACACCCAGGGAGAUGGACGAUGGAUGUCUCUGCACAACCGCUUUGUGUCUGACAGCAAAGACAAAGAACCUGAUGUUCUGUUUGUUGGAGACUCUCUCAUUCAGCUCAUGCACCAGUUUGGGGUAUGGCGGCAGCUGUUCUCUCCCCUUCAUGCUCUCAAUUUUGGUAUAGGUGGUGAUGCAACACAACAUGUGCUGUGGAGACUGAGCAACGGUGAACUGGAUAAUAUCAGCCCAAAGGUUGUAGUGCUUUGGGUGGGCACUAACAAUCAUGGUCACACUGCUGAACAGAUCUGUGGAGGCAUCAUGGCUAUUAUCCAAGUCAUCAAGAACAAGCUCCCUCAUGCCCGGACACUUGCACUGAGUAUACUGCCAAGAGGCAAAAUGCCAAACAUUCUGAGGGAGCGAAAUGCCAAGGUGAACAAGCUGGUCCAGGAGGCCGUGUCGUCCCUCCCCCAUGCCUCAUACCUUAAUGUGGACCCAGGAUUCGUCCAUUCCAAUGGUAGCAUCACCCAUCAGGACAUGUACGAUUACCUUCACCUGACCCCUCAGGGCUACCAGGCUGUGUGCGACCCCCUGCACGCCCAUCUCAAAUCCAUGCUAGAUAAACCUGCAGAGAACUGAGCCAACAGAGCACAAACUUACACUACGGCAGUGGUCCUCACCCCUGGUCCCAAAGAGCAUCCCCACUUGGCUUAUUAACACCUACAAUGAUGGAUAGUAUCAAUUAUUAAGGGCUAAGAGCUGCAAAAGUGAUCCUCUUCAUUGCCAGGGUUGGUGACCACUGUUACAGAUAAUGGGACCAUAAAGCCUUUUGUGUUAAUGAAGCAGUCACAAAUUAAAUUUGCUGCGUUAUGGAGAGAAAAAGUCUUGUCCAAGUUCCCAGUCAGCAUCUGUUUCACCAGGUUUUUGUUUUUUAAAUGUCAUCCCAUAGAAGGUUUGUUUAGUUCACUGCCCCGUGAUGCAAAUAUUGAAAACCACAAGUUAAAAGCUUGUGAAAAGAUGCAACAACUUUGUCCUCAAACAAAAAUAUGAAGUUGUUUGAAAAAUUUGCUGAUUGAAAAGCUUUAUUUGGAACGUGUGCUCCUGAUCUCAUUUCUUUGGCUACAGCUCUCAUGAGACUUCCAGACUCUAAUUUAUCUUAGAAAAUGGACAGAUAUCUGCUUCUUAGAAGACAUCAUCCCUAACAUAAUUCACUGUCCUGCUGGAGCCACUGGAACAGAAGGUAGUUUGAAGAUCGUGCAAGACUUUGGCUCUUUAGUUACCAGCAGAGAAUAUGAGAUGCAAGGACUGCCCUUUCCAGGAAGUUGCUGUAAUUUGUCACUUUGGUUUCUCAGUUUCACCAAGUUUCAUUACUUACAUUUAUUUGGUAAAAGCUUUGUUUACUUUUUGUGGUGUCUGGUGUCUUAAAGAUGUUGAUUUGAAUGACCAAAUGUUUUGAUUGACUGUUUUUUUUUCUGUCAUGUCACAUGUCCUAUACUAUUGUCCUUAUUGCUUCAGCUUUUGUAAGAGCAGCAGAAUUUGAAGUGAGGGACUGGUUUUGUUGCUAUCAUAGAUGUAUUUGAGUAGGUUGUGAAGUUGUAUUGAUAUAUGUGAAACUGCUUCUGCUUCAAGUGUAAUCUUCUCUCAGCAUUAUGACCCAUCAGAGUAAUUGUAAAGGCUUUACUUCACACUAAUAUGCUUCUUGGAUAAUGAUUGUGUUACAGAACUUGAAUUAUGCUUCAGGAUGGCUGAUUGUGCAAGUGAUGGAAGAAUGCAUUAAAUAUGAAAAACAAGAUGA